AUGACCGCCCUGGCCGCCGGCAACGGCAGCGCCUGGGGCGGCAGCGCUGGGGGCGGCAGCAACUGCAGCGGGGCGGCCAGCCUGAGCCGGCAGUGGGUGGUGGGGGCCGCCCUGAGCCUCACCGUGCUGGUCAUCGUGGCCGGCAACUUGCUGGUGAUCGUGGCCAUCGCCAGGACGCCGCGGCUGCAGACCAUGACCAACGUCUUCGUCACCUCGCUGGCUUGCGCCGACCUCAUCAUGGGCUUGCUGGUGGUGCCGCCGGGGGCCACCAUCCUGCUGAGCGGCCACUGGCCCUACGGCACGAUGGUGUGCGAGCUGUGGACCUCGCUGGACGUGCUGUGCGUCACGGCCAGCAUCGAGACGCUGUGCGCCAUCGCCGUGGAUCGCUACCUCGCCAUCACGUCGCCGCUGCAGUACGAGGCGCUGGUGACCAAGGGCAGGGCGCGGGCCGUGGUGUGCCUGGUGUGGGCCAUCUCUGCCUUCAUCUCCUUCCUGCCCAUCAUGAACCACUGGUGGCGGGACGGGGCGGACGAGCAGGCGGUGCGCUGCUACGACGACCCGCGCUGCUGCGACUUUGUCACCAACGUGACCUACGCCAUCAUCUCCUCCACCAUCUCCUUCUACGUGCCCCUGCUCGUCAUGAUCUUCGUCUACGUCCGCGUCUUCGCCGUGGCCACGCGGCACGUCCAGCUCAUUGGCAAGGACAAGGUGAGGUUCUUGCAGGAGCCCCCCAGCUCCAGCUCCAGCUCCAGGAGCAGCCGGCGGAGACGGCCCUCCCGUCUGCUGGCCAUCAAGGAGCACAAGGCGCUCAAGACCCUGGGCAUCAUCAUGGGCACCUUCACGCUCUGCUGGCUGCCCUUCUUUGUGGCCAACAUCAUCAAGGUCUUCUGCCGGCCGCUGGUGCCGGAUCAGCUCUUCCUCUUCCUCAACUGGCUGGGCUACGUCAACUCAGCCUUCAACCCCAUCAUCUACUGCCGCAGCCCCGACUUCAGGAGCGCCUUCCGCAAGCUGCUGUGCUGCCCGCGCCGCGCCGACCGCCGGCUCCACGCCGUCUCACAGGACCUGCAGCGCUGUCCCUGUGCCUUCAGCCGGGGGGGGCCCUCGGAGGACAGCAAGGCGGCGGCCCCCGGGCACCCCGAGGAGGACGGCGAGGCUCGGGGCAGCGGCAGCCGCUGCAGCAGCCGGACGGAGGAGACCAGCCUGUCCCAGGGCAGCGGCCACCGGCAGCGGCCCCUGGGCGAGUCCCGGCUGCAGGGCACCCAGACCACGCUGUGCUCGCAGCUUGACGAGUUUGCCGGCAGAGAGACGCCAGCGGGUCCUUCCAUCUGACUGGGAGCAGCCGAGAGCCGGGA